UCUUUCGACUUGGCGAAAUGAGCUGAAACAGUUCUUAAAGAUGAGCAGAGUGUAGACAGUAGAUUCUUUUUGGCGAUCUUCAUCAUACCAUAUAGCCAUGGCCGGCCUCCAUCUGCCCUCUAAUGCUCAUGUGAAGAACGGCCUUCCACCCCAAGAACUUCUCGAUGAUCUUUGCAGCCGAUUUGUCUUAAACGUGCCAAAGGAAGAUCUACAAUCAUUUGAGAGGAUUUUGUUUCUAGUUGAAUAUGCCCAUUGGUUCUACGAAGACAACUCGGUUGAAAACAAUCCUUCACUGAAGUCCUUCAAUUUGAAGGAGUUCACUUCAUUGUUAUUUAAUAGUUGUGAUGUUUUGAAACCAUAUGUGCCCCACAUAGACGACAUAUUUAAGGACUUCACAUCUUAUAAGCUUCGAGUUCCUGUCACUGGGGGAAUUAUUUUGGAUGAAACCUUUGAGAGGUGCUUACUAGUGAAGGGAUGGAAGGGGUCAAGCUGGAGUUUUCCUCGUGGAAAAAAGAGCAAGGAUGAAGAAGAUCACGCCUGUGCUAUUAGAGAAGUUUUGGAGGAAACUGGUUUUGAUGUUACACCGUUCCUUAUCAAAGAAGAUUUUAUUGAAGUGAUGUUUGGACAACAGAGAGUGCGGCUCUACAUUAUAGCUGGGGUGAAAAAUGAUACUGCCUUUGCACCUCUUACUAAGAAAGAGAUCAGUGAAAUUGCGUGGCAUCGACUUGACGACCUUCUACCUGUGAGUGAUGAUGUGAUAUCUCAUGGCAUCACCGGCCUUAAGCUUUACAUGGUGGCUCCUUUCUUGGAGUCAUUAAGAUCGUGGAUUUUGAAGCAUCAGCCACCCGUGGCUCCUAACUUUGACAUGCCUGUGAAAGGAUUCACCAUGUGGAAGGUGAAGAAUACCUCGAUGAGCAAUAGCUCAAUCAUUUUCGACAACCAGCCGAUUAAAUUGGAUUCUGAUCCUGGAAGAAGCCUCAGAAACUUCAAAUUCGACACAGCCUCUAUCUUGCACGCUAUGGAAAGUGCUUUUGCUGCAUGAAUUUCAACAGGGAAUGCAUAUUGUCCAACUGACUGGUAGGCUCGGUUUCAUUUCGUUUUCUUUUUUUAUAAUUGUUGUGUAGUACAUUUAGGUAAUAUUGUGCAUAUAUGCCUAAUUUUGUUCUUGAUUUUAAAUGUAGAUCAUGUACAGACCCGUUUACAGAUUUUACUUAUCUGGUUUUUGGUUGUAUAGAAUAACAACAUAGGAGAUAUGAUUCUAACUCAAAGCACUUUGAAUAAUUCUAACUCACCACUCAUAGCUGGUGAUAUUACUCUUUUUCGUUUA